AAUCGUGACUUGCAACAUAUUGCAACAUGCCUCAGUUUAUAAGAAUUGCCUAUAUAAAUCAGAGUAACCACGAUAAUUUUUAUCACACAUUGGAACGAAGUUAACCUUGCAUAGUGUCCUCCAAUCAUGGCAAGAAUGUAUCUAAUCUUCCUCAACGUGUAUUUGGCCGCUCUGUUUGGGUAUACCAGUGCCAACACGCAGAUAUGGAAAAUUGCAAAAACAAAACUUGGUUCUACGAAGUGGAGAUUGGUAAACGACUGGAGAGGAGAUAGCGAUUACGAGAACCAGUGGAAGUGCAAUCUUUUCGUUUAUGACGUGCUUCUGGAAGCCAACGCCAAAGUACCAAACAGAAGAUUUUGGGGACACUAUCCCAUUGGUGCCAACGAAUGGGCUAACCCUCAGUCUCGGUAUGUCGAAAAGACUGGGUGCUAUAAAACAGUGUCGGACAAAGACAAACAGAGAGGUGACGUCAUAGCAUUUGAAAGACGUGGUACUAGUGGACACAUGGGGAUAGUUUCUACCAUUGGCUUUUACGUCAGCGCUGGCAAACACAAGGUUACAGAAACGUCCAUCAAGGGGUUUCUGCGAGAAAACACAAUCGCGCGGACAACCAUCUGGAGAUAUACCUGCUAAAUAUCUUUCUUUAUCUACAUCAUUUGUUGUCUUUGAAAUAAAAAUAAAUAACUUAUAAGAAUA